UGUUUUUACCAUGCAGCCGCCCCAAAUCUAAAAAACCCUUCCCGAAAAGUUGUCCAUUGUCCACACCGCGCGUGGUUCUUGAUCAAUCACUGGAUCGCAAAAACUAAAAGAAAACCCAAAAUGAGUUCCAAGAGAAAGUCGCCUCCGAAUAAGUUGGAGGAAAGUGCAAACACUACGCUGGAAGAAGCCGGUCUCACAGUCGUUGCCCUUCGUGGUGACCACCUCUCAUCCAAAGAUCUUGGUGCCCACUCUGGCGAUGAGAGUGGAGAAGAAUGUUCUGAAGAUGAAGUCGGUGGUGGUGCACAUCCAAUGGUCCCACCCCGAAAAUCAACCAAGUACCCAGAAUCACCCACCUUCCGCGAGAACCUUCACGAGGCGACGGUACGAGCAGCAUCAGCCUCCCUGCAAGCAUCCUCCACGCUAAUGGAGACCAGUGGCGAUGAUGAAGAACUCUCCGAGUUGGGUUCCUUCUGCUCAAGAAACAACUCGGAAGAUGAGGAAAUGCCAACCAAGCAACAAUUGCAACAAAGAGCCAACGGCCGUGCAUCAAAACCUCGUUCCAACAAUCACAACAACAAUAACAACAACAAUAAUAAUAACAACAAUUCUUAUGGAAGCGAUUCAAAAUCUAAGAAAUCAAUGGAUGACGUACUCCGGAAAUUGAACUCGAGAGUGGGUACUGGUUCUUCCAACGGAGAAGCCCUUCAUCAGCAGCAGCAGCCACCACAGCAUCGCCAUUCUCAUCCUCAUCAUCAACAGCAGCAGCAUCACCCCCAACUUUCCCCAGGGUUACAUGUGGACAACAACAGCAUACCUGGACUUGCUCCACUCGUCGGGGGGGACGAGUCAAUCUUGGACAAUGAGCAGAAACUUACCGCCAUGAUUGCACAAUUGCAGAAACUUAGAGAGCAGAUUUUCAGCGGUAACAAAGUACCCGGGACGCUUCCAAGUCCACCUCAGCAUCAGCAACAGCAGCAAAGUCAGCAGCAGCAGCAGCAGGAACAUCACAAUUCAUCAUCAUCAAAGUUUUUGGGUGGAAAAGAUAGAGGCGAUUCUGAACAUUCAGACUCUUUCCAUGGUCGACAGCAGCAUCAUCAAUCUGCCAAUCACACAUCAAAUUCUUACAGUCAACAUUCGAAUAAGAAACAAGAUACUGGUGGAGGUCACCACGUGCGUGGAUCAGAGACAAGUGGGGGUGCCGGUGGCGGGAAGAACGGCUGCAAACAAGCGACCAACCUCCCGUCUCCUAUUCAAUCGUUCCUUAAUCCGCAAGCAAUGGCAGCAGCGGCCGCAAUGGGACAGAACUUUGUUCUCUUCCCAUUUCUGGACCAGCUUCAUUACGGCGGAGCAGGAGCAUUUCAGAACACUCUUCAAAACAUUCAGCCAUGCAUUUCAAAGAAUUCUCUCGUAUACCCAAACGCAAAGACGUUCCCCGGAAUGCCAAUGAUGCCCACGUCGGCUCCAAGGCAGGCUCCAUAUGCACCUCAGCUUUCUCCACCCACUCCGGCUGAGGCAGAUGGUCCUUUAAAUCUUUCGAAACCUAAGGGUUCCUCCGGAUCACGGGGUAGCGGUGGUGGUGGAGUGGGAAGAGGUUGUGAUGUUAUGAUGAGCAAUGGCGACAGAUCUCCGACACUGCACCAAAAUCAAAGUUCAGACUCAUCGUCAAGAAAUUCAGUCCCACCUGGUCUUGUGUUACCAUCUACGUUUAUGCCGUUUGCUACAUUUCCUCUUCCAUCUGGAAAUGGAAGCAAGGACCAACCUUUCCCUUUCUCUCCAACGCUUCCCCAAAGUUCCAUGAAUCAGGGGAAAAUUGGACAGUACUCACACUCGUCUGGUUACGCCAUGAAUGGAAACAGUCAAGAUGAAGAUAUGAUUGGCUCUGGAGGUCACAAUAGAUCCAAAGAUGAUGGCGAAUAUGGGUCAGGAUGCCACCAAAGUGCAAAAAUCAUAAGGCAGCAAAAAAGAGAGUCAGAUUCCAAACCACACAUUAAGCGGCCGAUGAACGCUUUCAUGGUUUGGGCAAAGGACGAGCGACGCAAAAUUUUAAAGGCCUGUCCGGACAUGCACAAUUCGAAUAUUUCCAAAAUUCUUGGUGCAAAAUGGAAGGCGAUGAGCAAUGGUGAGAAACAACCGUACUAUGAGGAACAGUCUCGGUUAUCCAAAUUACACAUGGAAAAACACCCAGACUACAGAUAUCGGCCACGACCAAAGCGAACAUGCAUCGUCGAUGGGAAGAAGAUGCGAAUAUCAGAGUAUAAAUCUCUAAUGCGACAACGGCGUCAGGAAAUGCGUCAAAUUUGGUGCCGUGAAAGUGGUUUAAAUCCUCCAUCUGGAACUGGCCUAAGUGAUCUACCAGAUUUAAGUCAGUAUCUCCACAAUGCUGGUGAUCUAAGUCAAGCUGGCAUAAGGGAUGAUACUGAUGAAACUAGCAGUGCAGACGGUAGUUUGUUCAACGAUUCGCUCCAUAUGCAAGAUAUGGAAGCCAACAGUCGUGCUGGGUCUCCUUAGUCUACUUUUUUUGGAAAUGCGAAAUUUUUCAUUUUAAACAGUAGAAUGUUUCCACUAGUUAUAAGCUUGCUGUCUAGUUUAUUCUAUUGUUGUCAAUACGAAACAAAGUAAUAUUACAUAAACUAUAUCUAUGUACCCUUCAUCACUGUGUAUUUAUAUGUUACUUUAUAAGUUUCACCCUACAUGUAAAUAUUGUAGGUACACAAUACUUCACAAAUUUGUUAUUAUUAUUCUAAUCAAAUUAUACGUGUCGAUUAUUUUCUACGCUUUAUUUUUCUACGAUGGAUCUGCAUAUGUAGAUACAUAGAUAACCAGAUUUGCAAUAAUACUCCAAGUUAAUGCUUCUUAGUUUUUCACACUUGUAAUUUCUAGAUUUACUCUGUACCAUAAUUACAAAUUAUUAUCUAGCUAUGUAGCAAUAAUAAUGCAGGCUCGGUGCCAUUUGUUACUUGUAAAAAAACUCAGUAAUUUACAAAACCCAGGUUUUGUAAGUCACACUAAGAGUUACCGUUAUAUUUUAUUUUAAAAUGCAGAGACAGAUCACUUUGCGCUCGAUUUAAGCAAAGAAAUGCGGAUACGCAACAGCCAGGCACAGAUAAAUUUUGAAUGCUAAAUAUUAUUGUACUCAGCAAUCGUUUCAAAGUGAUUAAUUCCUAGUAUGUAAUUGUACAUUAUUGUAAAGAGUAAUGCUAUGGAGUCAAACAUCACUGUUGUUGUCAUUCUGUUUGUCAUGGCUAAACAUUGAUGAUAAGGUUACUUAUUUGGUAGCAUAAAGUACGAUAUGUGUUAGUGAUUUUGACCAUUAGUAGGUUUUUAUUCCUUCAAUCAAAGAGUAUGUUAUUUAUUACUGUGAAUUUAUAUAAAAAAAAGUGUGCUCUCCUCCAGAAUCUGUGACCCCGGUGGAAAUCUCACCCUUUAAAUAGUUCAGUGUUUAUGGCGUUUAUGGCCAUACUCAUACCCAUCAGUCACAGUUAUUCUUCUUACGCAGUGACAAUUGUACAAUCGAAAUUACAUUAGUUUGUCAGAAGAACAGUCAACUUUUAAUAUUUAAUAAUUAAGACUUUCUCGUAAAUAGGUAGUUACACAGGACUCGCACCGUUGUGUGGAAACUAGUAUAUUCAUACAUACCUUUAGAAUUUGGUAGCAUAAAUAUGGUAAAAAAUAUAUGUAACUGGCGUCAUAUUAUUUACAUACUAGAUUGAUGUACAAGUCAUUAAUUACAAAUGACUGGAUUUAUAGAGUAAUGCUUUAAGAAUUUAUAUGAUAAGUAUGAUAAAUUUAUUUAGGUUAAUGUGUAAUUGUAUAAUUAGAAUUAAGAAUAUGACCUGUUGCCAAAAACUCCUCAGGCCAUCUUACAUUUAAACAAGAUGUGUCGAUGUGUGCUUAAAGUCCGAAAAUUUUGAUCUGCACUUGCUAUAGCUUUAAAUUUCUGAAUUCCUACAUUUAUAUGUUAUUAAAAGUCUUGUAACGUAAUAAUAAUACACUACAUAAAUAUCUAAUUGCUUGACUACAUAUAUAAAAAUUGCUUAAUGUCGUUGUCAUUUAAUAGCAGCAGAACUUAAAUGUUGUUCUUGUACAGUCACCACCUAAAUAAUACUAUUGUUACUACUCAAUUAUAAACUUUAUCUGCUAUUUGUAAAGUACAAUUUUUUUAAACCCCUUUUUUGAGGAAAAUUAUUGUUAAAAAACCUUUUGUUUUUUUUGCCUUGACUUAUUUACUUAAAAAAUAGUUAAAAACCGAUUCAAAGGUGUAAGUGUGAACUGCAUAGAGUUUUAAAAAGUUUAAAUAAUGCAACUGUUAAAAUUUACUUUUCUAAUUUCUUCUAUCUUUUUGGCUUAUAUACAAACUUUUACUUGACUGUUUCAUCACUUAUUUGUAGGCUUAAAACUUAAGAAAAAUUGUAGAUUUACUAAAAAUUUCCCACCACCAUUACCAGUCCAGUCCGUAAAGAUGGAAGUUAGUUAAGUAACUUAAAUAAAUAGUUAGUUUAGUAGGUUAAUAUAAGAAAUAAUUAUAUGUAUAUUUAAAAUAUGACUCGGAAAGGUUCCAAGAAUUUUCAUUUUCGUUUGCAAUGAGCGAUGAGAGAAAGUAAAAUGUGAGAUGUAGAUAAAGUUUAAAUUUAGAAUAGUACGUGAAUUUAAUUCUACUUCGUAAUUUCUCUCUGCGUGUCACCAUCCCGGUGUGCAGUACAUAAUGAUAUUUAGCAAUCAGCGAGUCAGAGUCAACACUUGAAGUAAUAACCAUAAAAAAUAAUAAUUAUUAUACUUGUUAACUAUGAAAAGGUGGAGAAAAGAAAUGAGGAAAAUGUAAGAAUUUGACGAGAGGAAGGAAAGAAUAAAAAUUGAGUUGAAUUAAAGCGAAAAAA